AUGUUGGCAGACCAGUGCUAUCGCACAUUUUCACCUCCCUUCCCCCAGCAGCUUCUUUUUUUUUUUUUUUUUUUACCCCUAAUGAUCAGAACAGCAGAGCGAAACAGCACAAAAGAAGAAAGCUGCACAGCAUCACUAUACAUACAAGCAGAAUGAAAGUCUUUGAGGAAUAGGUGUGGACCACCUCGUCUAGCGCUGCAUCGCAUCACCUCUCAGACAGCAUUUGAUUAAAGAGAGGCUGGUAACGGUCUCAGGAAUUCAAACUGGGAAUGAGGAAAUGUCUGAAUGAAUGGGCAAAACCGGGAGAGAUAAUCCUCGAUGAAAUCUACAGGAAAUGCAAAUUCUGCAACUCAAAGAGAUGAGAAGCAAAGGAGUGGCGAGACAUAGGAGGAGGAACAGACUAGAAUAGCAGGAGCUAUAAAAAGGUGCAAUGGCAGAACACACUGCAUCUAUCUGCAACAGGACUGAUGAACAGCAAGCAUCUCUUUCAGUCCAAGAGAAAGGUUUCCACCUAUCUGGACUGGCUGUUUUCUUUGGGAGGCCUGACAAAUCCAACGAACCCAAAGAGAUGAUGCGAUGGAAGCGGAGACACAGAUACUGCAGUGUGGCCCUUUUCCUCAUAGUGCUCGUGUUUGCAGGAGGCCUCGUUAUUCAGGUUCAAUGGCCUUGUCAUUUCACCAAGGAGAUGUUUGCUGCUCAAGAACUCCAAACCAUGAAAACCUUCCCCAACUUAACCAUGAAUAAUCCAACCAGGUUGCGGGAGCUUGAAGAGUCACCAUUAAAUUCAAAAGAAAAUGUCAUCUCAGUUUUGGAUGAAAGUUUGCAGCAGGGGUUGGAAAGCUCCUUGCUUUCGAACAUCAGUUUGGGUGAAGAGAUGAGAGUGGCAAGGAUACUUAAAGAGGAGCCUUAUGAGUACAUCCUCAACGAGCCGAACACAUGUCUGCAGCGAGCUCCUUUCUUAGUGCUUUUGAUUGAGGUUGAGCCCAAGAAAACGGACGCCAGGGAUGCCAUCAGGAAAACGUGGGCCAAUGAAAGUGUGGCUGGGGGUUUGGGUUUCAUCCGCCUUUUUUUCAUAGGUGUUAAUAAAGACACCCAAAUUGAUGGCAGCAAACUGCAGCAUACAAUAGAGGAAGAAAGUCAUCGAUAUCAUGAUAUCAUUCAGCAAGAUUACAGGGAUACUUACAACAACCUUACCCUGAAAACGCUGAUGGGGAUGUACUGGAUCACAAAGUACUGUCCCGAGGCCAAAUACGUCAUGAAGACAGACAGUGACAUGUUUGUCAACACUGAAUACCUCAUUGAAGAGCUCCUAAAACCCAGAGGGCAACCAACACAGAAGUAUUUCACAGGACUUCACAUGUCAGACUUCUCCCCAAACCGAAACAAAGAGAGUAAAUGGUACAUGCCUGAAGAAGUGUACCCUGGUAGGCAAUACCCCACCUUUUGCUCUGGGACUGGGUACGUCUUCUCAGGCGAUAUGGCCCAAAGGAUAUACGUGACAUCUCUGACCAUACCUAGACUGCACUUAGAAGAUGUUUAUGUGGGUAUAUGUCUAGCUAAACUAAAGAUAGAGCCAACGCCACCACCAAAUGAACAUCUGUUCAAUCACUGGCGAGUGCCCUACUCUAGCUGUAGGUACAGCAACCUGAUCACCUCUCAUGGGUUUCAUCCCAAUGAGAUCAUCCAGUACUGGCAGCACCUGCAGAGCAACAAGCACAAUCCCUGCCAAGCGACUGGGUAGAAAGUUCAAUAAACAGAUUUGUUCUGCUUGGAGGUU